CUCUCUCUCUCGUUCUACGCUUCCCAUCUAUCUAUCUAUCUAUCUAUCUAUCUAUCUAGAGAAAACAUUUAGGGAAACUUCAGUUGUUUCAUUUAAUCUAAAAUGGUAUUUCAUUAGGCCCUCUCUUAGAUUUCAGACGGGAAAAGAAAUGUCAGAUGAUGAAGAUGGACCUAGGUGGGACAACAUUCUUUCAGUUUUUGGUUUUUAAUGACAAAGGCAUUACUGGCCUCUAUUUUACAAUCUGUUAUUGCACCCUCGCAGCGCAAUAAUAAAAAAUGAUCUGUACCACAAUAGUUUUACAUCGGCUGCAUUUUCAAUCAAUUUAGCCAUACAUUAGUCUAAUCAACAAAUGAACCAUUUAACAUGUCGUCGUUUUGUACCUGACAUAACCCCCAGCAUGUUCCAAGACCAGUUGGCGAAGAAGGUCCGGCCCUUCAUUGAAUUAAUAGACUACCUGAGAUCCAUUGGGAUAGAGAAGGAGCUGCCCCUGCCAUCCAUUGCUGUGGUGGGAGACCAGAGUUCAGGAAAGAGCUCUGUGCUUGAGGCCCUAUCUGGGGUGGCGCUGCCCAGAGGGAACGGUAUCGUCACCAGGUGUCCACUGGAACUCAGACUCUGUUAUGUCAGUGGAGUGGUAUGGAAGGCUGUCAUCUCAUACAAAAACAAAACUUUUGAAUUUGAUGACCGAGAAGAAGUCGCGAGGCAUGUUGAGCAAGCUCAGAACGAGUUAGCUGGAAGGGGAGUGGGGAUAUGUGAAGAUCUGAUCACUCUAAAGAUCAAGUCUUCCACGGUGUGUGAUCUCAGUCUGAUUGACUUGCCUGGGAUCGCCAGGGUACCAGUACCAGGACAACCAGAGGACAUUGAAGCCCAAAUCAAAAGUCUAAUCAUGAAAUACAUUUCGAAAAAGAAAACCAUUAACUUAGUGGUAAUACCAUGUUAUAAUGACAUAGCAACAACAGAAGCCCUGAAAAUGGUGCAAAAAGUGGAUCCUGAAGGAACGAGAACUCUGGCCAUUCUGACAAAGCCAGACCUGAUAGACAAGGGGACAGAGAAGGACGUGUUGGAAAUUGUCCGCAAUAAAACCCUUCCACUCAAUAUGGGCUACGUCAUUGUGAAAUGUCGUGGUCAGAAGCAGAUUGAUGAUAAAAUGUCCAUAGCUCAGGCACUUGAAGAGGAGUUGGACUUCUUCCAAGAUCACGAGCACUUCAAAUCCCUCCUGCUUGAGGAAAGGGCAACCACCAAGCACCUAGCCACAAAGCUAACCUAUACCCUGGUCAGCCACAUCAAAAAAUCCCUACCAGAUAUGUCAAAUCAGAUGAAAAAGCAGCUGUGGAACGUGAGGAAGGCGUUGGUAGAGUGUGAGGGUGGGCCUCCGUCAGACCUUGCAGAAAGGAAGGAGUUCCUCAUUGGCAUCAUAACAGAGUUCAAUGAGAAGAUUACUCAUUUGUCCACAGGGGAUAAUAUUGUCGAGGAAAAUCUAUUUGUCCUCAUGCGAAGUGAAUUUGCAGAAUGGAUGAAAUGUCUUCAAAACGCCAAGCCAAAUUACCACGAAGUAGUGCAACAAGUGGUGGAUGAAUAUGAUCUGAAGCACAGGGGAAGUGAGCUGCCAGGAUUCACUAACUACAUGGUAUUUAAACGCGUUGUUCAAAGACUAGUGGCUGAACUUAGGGAACCAGCUAUGAUGACACUCCAGAAAAUCAGAGAAAUGGUGCAUACGCAAUUUGUUAAUUUGUCCAAAGUCAGCUUCGAGAAUUUUCCUUAUCUUCAGCACGUCUCAAUGAAAAACAUUGAAAACAUCCAGGAAUGGCAGUCAAACAUAGUGAUGAAGAGGAUCGAGGAGCAGUUUAAAAUGGAGAUGCAGGUCUACACACAGGAUGAUAUCUUCUUUGAAACAUUGAAUCCAGAGGAGGAAACCCCAGACUGCUCCGGUUACAACACCAGGAGCAAAUACCCUGAGCUGCUCAAGGCAUACUAUGAGAUCGUGGUGCAGCGACUGGCGGACCAGGUGCCCAUGCUGAUCCGUUACUUCAUCCUGAAGGAGUCAGCCAGGAUCCUUUGCAGUAAGAUGCUGGGCCUGCUGAACAGCGAUGACUUGGACGCGAUGCUGACGGAGGAAUCAGAGAUUGGUCGAAGAAGAUCAGCCUUACGGUCCCGUGUGGAGCGUCUUGGACUGGCCAAUGACAAGAUCAGUAGCCUAUGAGAACAAGAGUGGGUUUUUGACAAUGACAAAAAUCUGAGAUUUUGUCACGAAAUAUUAGUUUAAGUAUAAUCUGAUUCAAUUUUACACAAAAAUAUGUUGAUGUCAUUCCUAUUUUACAAAUGGUCUACAGACAGGCCAAAUACAGUUUUAUUUGAAGAGGCAGUAAUGGCCAAAUGCAAUGUCUUUAAAUAAUAAUAAUGAUGAUGAUAAUGAUGAUGAUGAUGAUGAUGAUGAUGAUGAAGCUAUAUCUUGUCUAUUCCUAUUCAACAGAAAUGUGAGUAAUAUGAUUCCCUAGUCUCAAAAUGUUUCCGGAUCAAAUGCUCAUGAAUUGUGAAUAAUAACCUCAUUUAAAAAAUGUCCAACUCCUCAGCUCACACACAAUCUCCACUAUUUCAUAAAUCAACUCAUUCACUGGCUCAACUCUGCUCCGCCACAGCACUUACUUAACUCAACCACAAGGGGGCGAUACAACCGCAUUGCAUUUCUAUACUCAUGGGAGGGGCAUAGUGA